UUACAAUCUCUAAACCCGACGCCGGUCGGCGAACAACGCCAUUUUGACGUGAUCAUCAGCGUGCAUCGUCACGCUUGUAGUGUUCUCCAAGAAAAUUGAAAUUCCUAUGAAAUUACAUCGACUUUAUAAUUUUGAAUUCUGUUAAUAUUGGUAAAUCAAUUAAUUGACGUCAAAGGACUCAAAUUGUAACACAAUGAGUUACUACCGACCUAACUUUAGCCAAACCGCUGCGAUGUCUCGCGGUCGUGGUUAUUCAUCAUCAAGAGGUAGUAGUUAUCGUGGAUCAAGUCGUGGAACUUCGGCAUGGGGUUCUAGUCAACGUGGUAGCUACAACAAUAGUAGAGGGUCCGGAAGCGGUGCUCGAUUUUCGUCAUCGUCAUUCAAUUCGUCUUUUGACUCUAGAUCGAAAUAUGGGUCGUCGUCUGAUCGGUACUCAAGGCCAGAUGAUUAUAGAAAAUCGUCCUAUAGACCGGACAGUUCUAGAUAUUCUGGCAGUGAGCACCGUGGGUCUCCAGACCGUAAACGAUUGAGAACUGAGUCUCUUAGCUCGCGCCAUGAUGGCUACGGUGGAUCAGGUGAUAGCUACGGCAGAUACGACUCUUCAGGGAGUGCGUCUUACACGGAUAGGAGAAGUUUUUCGACCGACAGGAGGCAGUCAUCAUUUUCUAGGCGCGAAGAAUUCCGAAAGCCGGCUCCGCCCGUUUCCUCUAGCCCUCGCGGGGGUUAUAGGGGUCGCAUCAGUUCAAGGGGUUCGAUGCGAUCAAGGCUAAGAGAGAGGCCGACGCGCCGCCGUCUCAUUGAGAGCUCUUACGUUGUACGGAGACGCACUAUCAGACCGUCUGACUACACGAAGAGAUUAAAAAUGGCCCGUAUGAGGAGCGCCGUUGUUCGUCGUUCCAUUAAAAAACCGAAGAGUGACGAUGAAAGCGGAAACGAAAAAGAAGAAGAAUCCGAAGAGAAAAAAUCUAAACCGGAAGCUGAAGACGCGGAAGAGGAGAAACCCGGGAAUGACGGUGGUGAAGAUGAUGACGAGGACGAUCGUCAAAGUGAAAAGAAGGAGAAAACACCUAGUAAGAAAAUAAAAGAUGAAAAAGAUGAGAAAAAAGACAGCGAUAGCGGCGAUAAAUCGCCGUCGCAAAGAAAAUACAUCAAAUUGGUUUGUCCUCAUUGCCAAACUAAAUGUACUACGUUUGUAAAGUACAGUUUACAUUUGCAAAGUGGGCGUCAUAUUUCGGCGAUGCGUCGCGUUGCUUUGAAACAAAAAGCAAUUUUGAGCCGGAUGCGUUUGAUGCAGAGGAACGCCCAAAGAGAACUUGAAAAGACCACAGACGACUUGGCAUCAAGAACUAGUUUUUGCCCAUUGUGCAAAUUGAAUUAUAAACAGCCUAAAUUAACCCAUCAGGCUUCUGAGUCUCAUAAAAACAUGAAAAAGUUUUUGAUGCCAUAUUGCAAAACUUGCAAGAUAACUUUCAAGAGUCCUAUGUUGUAUGAGAGCCAUUGUUGUUCUAUUGAUCAUAUUAAGCGUAAAUCUAAUUCUGAUGACAAAUCUGAUAAAGAUGAAGGAUCUGGAGCCGAUGAUAACUUAGAAAACUUUAUGACCAUUGAUUCUGUAGGCGAUAUGGACGAAGAAGAACGUGAAAAGAAAAAAGAAGGUGAAGACACAACAAAACCAAAAGAAAGUAUAAACGUUGGCAUAGAACACGUAAAAAAAGUUGAAGUUUAUUAUUGCGAUUUAUGCAGUAUGUACUUACCGCGUCGUGAAGAAUCAGAAAUGCCAAAAAAAAUUGCAGAACAUUGCAAAUUACGCACUCAUUUACGACGUUACGUUAGUUACAAAGAAGAUAAAGAGUUGGCAAAACGAGCUGAACGUUUACAAAGGCGUGAAACGUUGGAAAAGGAGAAAGAGAAAGAAAAAGAAGAAAUUAAGCCCGCUGACGAUUCAACAAUAAAAUCUGAAACUGGUGGAAAAGAAAAUGGGGAAGCUAGCUUGAAUGAAGAUGAAGGUGAUGAAAAGCUUUGGGCUGAUGUUGAUAAAGACUUGGGGAUUAUCUUGGCGGAAGCUGAGUCAGGGAAUAAAAGUUCUGAUGAAGAUGAGGAUGAUUCCUUUGUGGGUGGGAGAUACGAUAGAUUCAAGACUGGCGAGAAAAAUGUUGACGAAAAGAAAUUGGCGGAUGAUGGUAAAGAAGAUGAAUCGAUGGAAACUGAAGUUAAAGAAGAAGAAACUCCUGAAACUGAAGCUAAAUAAAGUAGUAAAGAGUUAUGUGUUGGAAUUUAUCGAUUUACUAAUUUCAAAUUGAGUUUUUAUAUUUCCAUUAGUUUUAUAUUCUAAUUAAGUUGAAUACAUUAUAAUAACGAUACUUCUAGAUGGUUAAACAAUGUGUGUCUCGUGUUAUUUUGGAUAAUCUAUUUUGUGGUUGUAAAUAAGUUUCUUGAAAAUUAAAUUAGAAAUAGACGUUCAAUCUCCAAA